AUGGAAAAACAGUACUUAACUAAAGACAACCUAAUUGGAUUUGAUAAUUACAAGUAUAAUUGUAUAGAUAAUGGAGUCCUCAGUAUAUACGUUAUGCAUCCGUUUUGGAAUUGGGUAGUACAGUUCUGUCCACGGUCCAUAGCUCCAAAUCUAUUAACAUUUACGGGUUUCCUAUUUACAGUAGUAACAUAUAUAUAUUUCGCCAUUUUGGACUAUAAUUUUUACGCCGCCGAUCCAGACCAUCCCGAAGUGGAAUCGCCGGGAAAAUGGCCCUACAUGACGGCCGCCAUAUUUUUAUUUACCGCAUACACAUUAGACGGGAUAGAUGGCAAACAGGCGCGAAGAACGGGCACGAGCGGCCCCCUGGGGGAGCUCUUCGACCACGGUUUGGACUCUUACACCGCGGGCCUCAUUCCCGGCGCAAUGUAUUCGAUAUUCAGCAGGGGCGCCCGCUACAGCAUAGCCCCCUUCAGGAUGUACUUCACCAUGUGGAACGUCUUGAUGAAUUUCUACAUGACGCACUUUGAAAAGUACAACACGGGCGUCAUGUUCUUGCCGUGGGGCUACGAUUUCUCCAUGUGGGGUACUAUAAUUACGUUCUUUUUGGCCGGGUUAUUCGGCCCGGAAAUAUUCCACUUCCGCAUAGGCAGCCUGACGGCCGGUAACAUACUGGAAUUGACGCUGUACAUCUCCUCCCUCAUAUCAAACGUACCUGUAAUAUCCUACAACAUUUACAUGUCGUAUAAGAACAAAACGGGCAAAAUGCGAACGUUCGUCGACGCCAUCAGGCCUCUAACAGCCGUCGGCAUGUUAUUCGCUCUCACCACCAUUUGGGUGGUCUAUUCCCCGGGCGACAUCGUCGAACGGGAUCCCAGGGCUCUGUUCUUCCUCUUGGGCACCGUUUUCUCCAAUAUAUCUUGCCGGUUAAUCGUAGCGCAAAUGAGCAAUACGACGUUUAACGCGUUCAAUUGGCUGUUGGUGCCCAUUUUGAUAUCCGUCGUUCUUUCCUUGAUGACCGGAUGGGCUUGGUUGGAGUUAGUAUUAUUGUACAUAUUGUGUUUGUUCACAACUGUCGCCCAUGUACACUACGGAACAUCCGUGGUAAGGCAAAUGUGUAGGCAUUUUAAAGUAAAUUGCUUCACCAUCAAGAAACCUUCGGAUUGA